AUGGCGUCCGACGCCGCCUCACGGCGACGGAGCCGGCGCGAACGCGAAGACAGCGAUGAGGAAGAACACGAAGCCCCCCGGCGUCAGAGGCGCAGAGUCACCGAACAGGAAUCCGAAGACAGCGACGGGGACGACACAAGCGAACAACAAGAGACCGAGCGAUCAUCCAGAACAAAUGGUGCCGCCAAGCCCGAUUUCGAUGAGGACGGUUUCCAGCCUGGCGCUAUUCGGCGUGUCAAGGUGGAAAACUUUGUGACCUACGAGAGGGCCGAGUUUUUUCCCGGUCCCAACCUCAACAUGGUCAUCGGUCCCAACGGUACCGGCAAGAGCUCGUUGGUCUGCGCCAUCUGCCUCGGCCUAGGUUACAGCCCCAAGCAUCUGGGCCGCGCAGGUAGCAUUAAAGAGUUCGUCAAGCAUGGAAAGGCCACGGCCACCAUCGAGAUCGAGCUUCAGAGGCGCCGGCAGGAUCGGAGGAACCACGUCGUCCAAGUCCAGAUCGACCGUGAGCGCAACAGUUCCCGAUUUCGACUCAACGGCAAGGAGGCGACGCACAAGGCCAUCCAGGGCCUCAUGAGGGACCUCAGUAUCCAAGUAGACAACCUCUGCCAGUUCCUGCCCCAGGAUCGGGUCGUCGAGUUCGCCGGUUGCACGCCAGUCGAUUUGCUACACGAAACCCUGAGGGCCGCAGCAGACCCUCAAAUGCUGAGAUGGCAAACGGAGCUACAGGAACUUCACAAGGACCACAAGGAACUUCAACAGCGAUCAGGUUCCCACGCUGAGACACUAGCCAAUCUCGAAAACCGGCAGCAGGCCAUGCAGGCGGACGUGGACCGAUUCCGAGAAAGAGAGGAAGCGCUGGUACGCAUCGAUGAUUUGGGGGAUGCACGAAAAAUCGCCCACUACCUCUUCCUGCGUACCAAAUACCGAGAGACGGAGCGCGCCUACAAAGACGCCAGGCAACUCCUGCAGCAAUUGGAGAGCGAAUCAGCCCCGGCCCUGGAAGCGGUGAACAGCAAACAGCGCUAUCACGCUGCUGUCGCUGCUGCCGUCCAAGCCCGACACGCUGCGGUCAGGGCGGUGGAUGGGGCCGCAGAUCGAGCACUGAAUGCGUGCGAGAACUCGCAGGAAGAGAUGGCCCAGUGUCAGGCUAAGAUAGACGCCGAAAAGAAAGUCUUCGAUGUGAAAAAGAGGGAGCUGGGCCUGAUCAAGACUAGGAUCGGUCAGCUGGAACGGCGACUGAAGAACAAACCAUCUGAUUUUGACCCCAGAGAAUGGAAUCAGAAAAUUCGUGCCCAAGAACACUCGAUUCGGGAGCUCGAGGCCGAGGAUCGUCAGAUACAGACGCGAAUACGCGACGUCCAGGAGCGAGGCCGACGGGUCAGGGAUGAGCAGAACACGCUGGCGCGGGAUCUCUCUGACCUGGAUACCCAAGAGGGACAACAACUUAAGGUCCUCGAGAAGCAUUUUCCUGACGUUGCGGCAGCCUGGAAGUGGCUACGAGAGAACGGCGAAGAAUUUCAGCAGGAAGUCUAUGGGCCACCCAUGCUUUGCUGCAAUCCAGGCGUUGUGGAAAGACGAAGUGAUUUGGCCGAGAAGCAGGAGCUACAACGGCGCCUCGACGAGGUCAAGCAGAACAUGGCAGUUCUUCGAGAGGAGAAUGCGAGCACCAAGAAGGAAGCUGAGGAGAACCACGCACAGCGAGAGUCCAUCCUGGCAGUGACGGAGGACCUGAAAGAACAGAAAAAGGUACUGCAGAAGGAGUUCAGCGAGUACCAAGCCAUUCCAGCGAAGCUCGAGCAUGAAAAGAAGCUGGGCGUCAAGAAGCAAGAGGAGUUGGAGUCGUGCCGCGCAGUCAUCAUUGAUCUUGAAGUGCAAUGCGACAAAGCCGUACUGGAGACUGCUCGUGCAGGCUUGAAGUAUCAGCAGAAUAUCGCAGACAUGCACGACGCCCAGCAAGCGCUCAUCGAGGGCCAGAUCCGUGAGAUCGAGGCACGGUCUGACUUUGAAGGGCUUAAGGAUAAGAACACAACACUCGUGAGAAGGUUGGACCAUGAGAAGAUGAAGAUUGUUGAGGUCGAGAGGGAGAAACAGACUUCGAAAGCUGAGGCCAAAGAAGCUCACGAAAAGGUUAAGGAGAUGUGCAUCCAAGCGGCGGAUCCGACUGAACGACAGGUUUACCUCACCGAGAUGGCUGCCGGCAAGACGCUCGAGGAUAUCGACAACGAGAUCAAGGCCGAGAGCGCCAAGCUCGAGCUGCUCCAUGCCAACCCCCAACGCCAUGCGCUCCGCGCGAAAUGGGAGCCAAAGCUUGAGGAGCUUGUGAGGCAGAUCAACGACGCGUUCGCGUACAAUUUUGAGCAGAUCAACUGUGGUGGCGAGGUGCGCAUUCACAAAGACGAAGACUUUGACCAGUGGGCACUAGACAUCAUGGUCAAGUUCAGGCAAAGCGAAACUCUGCAAAAGCUCGACCAGCACCGACAAUCCGGCGGCGAGCGCGCCGUGUCAACCAUUUUCUUCCUUAUGGCUCUUCAGUCCAUGGCGCGCUCGCCGUUUCGCGUCGUCGACGAGAUCAACCAGGGGAUGGACCCGCGCAACGAGCGCAUGGUGCACGAGCGCAUGGUCGAGAUUGCUUGCCGCGAGCACACGAGCCAGUACUUCCUCAUCACGCCGAAGCUGCUCACAGGCUUGAGGUACGACGAGCGCAUGCGUGUGCUGUGUAUCGCCAGCGGCGAACACAUGCCCACCGAGGGCAAGAAGCUUGACUUUGGAAGAUGUCUGCAGAUCCACAAGCGCAGCAUCGGCGUCGCCGCGUGA